GGCGCGGUCUGGGCGGGGCUGAGUUCUAGGACACGGAGCAAGACUUGACCACGUGCUUCCCGAGUCGCCAGCAAACAGGAUCGGGACUCGAGUGGUGCUCAGCCUGCACAGCGCAGCGAUGUCCGGAGCAUCCGCCAGGAGCCUGGGGAAGGGAAGCGCGCCCCCCGGCCCGGUCCCGGAGGGCCAGAUCCGCGUUUACAGCAUGAGGUUCUGUCCCUUCGCUCAGAGGACGCUGAUGGUCCUGAAGGCCAAGGGAAUCCGGCACGAAAUCAUCAACAUCAACCUGAAGAACAAGCCUGACUGGUUCUUUAAGAAGAAUCCCUUUGGGCUGGUGCCGGUUCUGGAGAACAGUCAGGGUCACUUGGUCACUGAAUCUGUCAUCACUUGUGAGUACCUGGACGAGGCAUACCCGGAGAAGAAGUUAUUUCCAGAUGACCCGUAUGAGAAAGCAUGCCAGAAGAUGACCUUUGAGUUGUUCUCUAAGGUGCCGUCUUUGGUUGCAAGCUUCAUUAGGGCGAAGAGAAUGGAAGACCGUCCUGGAAUAAAGGAAGAGUUGAAGAGAGAGUUCAGCAGGCUAGAGGAGGCCAUGGCUAAUAAGAAGACAGCCUUCUUUGGUGGGAAUUCUCUCUCUAUGAUUGAUUAUCUGAUUUGGCCUUGGUUUCAACGCCUGGAAGCAUUGGAGCUCAAUGAGUGUAUAGCCCACACUCCAAAACUCAAGCUCUGGAUGGCAGCCAUGCAGAAAGACCCUGUAGCAUCAUCCCACUUCAUUGAUGCCAAGACCUACCAGGAUUAUCUAAGUCUCUACCUACAGGACAGUCCGGAGGCCUGUGAUUAUGGGCUCUGAAGGACAAGAGUUCUCAGCGAGUGUUUUCCUUCACUGAUUGAAUAACAUGCUUUGAUUUUAUCCAAUAUUCUCACUGUCUCCUAUCUUAUCAUUUGACCCUAUGGCCUAACUGGGUUUCCUCCGGGCCCUGCUACUGUAUUUCUAUUUCAGAAUAAUCAGUUCCAAUGAUCCUAACAGUCUUCACUGACACCCCCAAAACCAUCACCUCUGGUUUGAUCCAGACUUCUAGAUUUGGAUUUCAAGAAAAAUGUCAAAUUUUAGAUUUCUCAUUUCGGAAAGCUCUCAAUUCCCCAUUCUUUCCAUCAUUAACUCUCUUGUUCCUCUUGCGAGCAUCGAA